AUGUUGGAUAAUAUAAAGCACAUAAUACUCGUUUUAUCGGGAAAAGGCGGCGUUGGAAAAUCCACUGUCAGUACUCAAUUGAGCCUAGCAUUACGAGAAGGGGGUUACAAGGUGGGUUUAUUAGAUAUCGAUCUAUGCGGUCCAAGCGUGCCCUAUCUUUUACAACUCGAGGGUAAAGAUGUACAUCAAUCGGAAGCUGGAUGGAUACCAAUUUACCUCGAUAAGGAACAACAGUUAGCAGUAAUGUCCAUCGGAUUUCUCCUAAAUAACAGAAACAGUUCGGUGGUGUGGAGAGGACCGAAGAAGACUUCGAUGGUAAAGCAGUUUCUAACAGACGUUUGUUGGGGUGAUUUGGAUUAUCUGAUAAUAGAUACUCCGCCUGGUACAUCCGAUGAGCACAUAACAGUGAUGGAGAACUUGAAGGAGAUAAAAUGCGAUGGGGCCGUUAUCGUGACGACCCCACAGCAGGUUUCUAUAGAAGAUGUUAGGAAAGAAAUAACGUUUUGUAAGAAAACCGGCAUUGCAAUAAUAGGACUCGUAGAGAAUAUGAGUGGCUUCGUCUGUCCGCAUUGCUCGGAUUGCACGAAUAUUUUCAGCAAAGGUGGAGGAGAAUCCCUAGCGGAAAUUUUGAAAAUCCCAUUAUUGGGGACUUUACCAAUCGAUCCCAAAGUCGGACAAUUGCUAGGAAAGUGCUGCACUAAAGAAUACCCGGAUUCUCCAUUAUCGAAAGAAUUUCAAAGUAUUGUUAACAAAAUUGUUGAAAUAUAA